AUGUCGAUUAGACCGGUGGUAAGUCCUCAACAUGGCGAUAAGAAUGAUGAGAAGUCCUCAAGCUUGAUGAGUAGACUAAUGAUAAGUCCUCAAAGAUGGCGACUAGACUGGUGGUUAGAUUCUGAUAACGGUUAUAUUCAGCUAUGGGCGGCUUAUUCCACAGACGUCCCGUGCAUCGAUUGCUGCGAGACUCGUUCUCAUGGACACCUGGUUGUCCUCGCAGAUGUAAUAGACGAAAAAUGUGGUUCGUCGACACCAUUCACACCAACCCCGUUCUCGUCAUCUUCAUCUCCGUUUUCGUCAACCGGAAUGUCUUCUUCCUCUCCGUUCUCGUCAACCGGAAUGUCUUCAUCAUCACCGUUCUCGUCUUCAUUGUUUCCCACAACGCCACCAGGCUGUAUUUGCUGUGAGACAAGGACACAUGGCCAUGUUAUAAUAAUAGCCGAGUAA